GUGGAUGGGGACUCACGGAGGGUUGUCCACCGGCCUUCCAGCUGCAACUUGUCUCCCUCUGUCCCGCGGUGGAGUGAUGCUGAUCCCCGGCGGCUGGUCGCGUUUCGCCGCUGUGAGACCCUCGGACCCUCGGCUGUGAGCUGGUGUUUCCUGCCGAGCAGCAGCGGGCGCUCAGGACGCUGGAGCCCGCCUGAGAGAAGCUCCCCGCCGCCGUGUGCUCGUUCUCUGGGUUCCCCCCUCUGGAUUUUUUAAAACCCAACUUCUUCUUCUUCGGCGACGAGCGGCUGUUUUUAAACCGUUUUGUUUCGCCAUUUCAACUACCAAGCAUGGUGUUCUUCUUCUCCGCUUCGCCCUCGGCUGGUAACACGCCCGGGUAAAGACAGGAGCAGCAAGGCGACAACACCCCGACACGACGACCACCUUCCCCUCGAGGCACAUCUGCCCCCGGAUUUAUUCAGCUGUGGAGAUUUUAAUCGGCCAUCGAUGCAUCUCGGGGUGUCUGAGUCCAUGAGAGAGUGCGAGUACAGUCAGAUCAGCACUCGCACCUCCACGCCAAUGGAGACCCCUUACAAGAAGAGGACCCCGAAGAAGAAGAAGUGGGAGUCCUUCCCGGGUCGGAAUAAGUUUUACUGCGAUGGCAGGAUUAUGAUGGCCAAGCAGACGGGGGUGUUCUACCUCACCCUCGUCCUCAUCCUGGUGACUUGUGGACUCUUCUUCACCUUCGAUUGUCAGUUCCUGGCGCUAGAGUUGACCCCGGCCAUCCCAGUCAUAGGAGGCGUGCUGUUUCUGUUUGUACUGGGGACACUGCUGCGAACCAGCUUCAGUGACCCGGGGGUGCUGCCCAGGGCCACCCCAGAUGAAGCAGCGGAUCUUGAGAGGCAAAUAGAUGUGGCUAAUGGUAGUACAGGCUACAGGCCUCCUCCCAGGACCAAGGAGGUGGUUAUCAACGGUCAGACAGUCAAACUGAAGUAUUGCUUCACCUGCAAGAUCUUCAGACCGCCACGUGCCUCCCACUGCAGCCUGUGUGACAACUGUGUGGAGCGGUUUGACCACCACUGUCCCUGGGUGGGAAACUGCGUGGGAAGGAGGAACUACCGUUUCUUCUACAUGUUCAUCCUGUCGCUGUCCUUCCUCACCAUCUUCAUCUUUGCCUUUGUCAUCACACACAUCAUUUUAAGCUCCCAUCAACAUGGGUUCCUCAAGGCACUUAAAGAGAGUCCUGCCAGUGUGCUGGAGGUGGUGGUGUGUUUCUUCUCCAUCUGGUCCAUAGUGGGCCUCUCAGGCUUCCAUACUUACCUGAUCAGCUCAAACCAGACCACCAAUGAAGAUAUAAAAGGUUCAUGGUCCUCUAAAAGAGGGAAGGACAACCAUAAUCCCUACAGCCACGGCAAUAUAUUCACCAACUGCUGUGCAGCGCUGUGUGGACCCCUGCCACCGAGUCUAAUUGACAGACGGGGUUUUAUCCAAUCAGGCACACCACAGCUGGCACCACCCACCAAUGGCAUCACUAUGUAUGGGGCCACCCAGUCUCAGCAGAGCCACAUGGUCGCCACCACCCCUCUCCUCCAGCAGCAGAGCAGCGAACCAGUCAUCCAGACGACCUCUCCCGAAAACGGAGUCUCUCUACCGGGCCGCAACUCCCUCAUCCUGUCCGGGCCAUGCACCUCGCUUCCCUUCGGACAGCCCACGCCUCCAACGUCGACCCCCAGCCUCAGCUGCCACGAGGCCACAGACAUGUUACCAAUCCACGGACACAGCCACACACACACACACAACCACAGCCACCCCCUUCAGGAGCAGGUGGCACACCACCACUAUCUCACUCCAGAGGAAGUGCCCUCGCCCCCAGGUAUGCUACCCUGCGGCAGCCCCCUUAGCCACACCAUGCAGGCCGGCUUCUACAACCCAGCCAGCCAGGACUCGCUACACGAGGACUCUGUCAGAGGCCUGGUAAAGCUCAGCUCCGUCUGACAAUGGAAUAUACACCCAUCCCCCUCCUGCACCUUUCCCCUAAAAACAUUCAUCCAACCCCUGAAACUGUGCCACUUUUGAACCACAUCUCCCCCUCCCUUUCUUCUCAGCAGGACAUGAGAUCUUGAGAAGAUACUAACUGGUUUAAAUUCAGCUGCUAGAAACUGUGGCAUGUGACUAAGUGAAACCAGUUGUCCUCAGCCAUUGUCUUGCCAAACCUCUCUGCUGGAACUGGAAGAUGGUUCCAUGUGUGACAACUCAGACAUACAAUUCUCUCCCUUUUUUUUGGUGUGUAUGUUUUAAAGUGCAAGGGAUCCCAUCCUCCAUCUUCCUGGAGACUGGACAGUGGAGCUUUGUGGCGAAUGUCCUUGAGCGAUGUCAAGCUAAAACAAGAAUCCAUGUUUUGACAGUAUAUAACAGUUCUUUGGUCAGAGAGCUGAAUGUCUGUCAGUGGAUCACACACCUGACUUUUUGUAAAACAAACUUUAGCCUAUUUGCCUGUUGCUGAUCGGACUUUUGUCUUUUGCCUUUUUUUCUUGGACAUUCUCAGCAGUGCAAUGGUUGAUGUCAUGUUGCAUAUCACCCUGCUUUUUAUCUGUUUAAAAAAAAAAGAAUAAGAGACUGUUGUACUGUACCAUGGUUAUUACAACACCUCUACAAAUUAUAUUUCCUGUGGAUAUUAAUAAAACACCAACUUUUUAUCAGAAAACAUUUGAUUAAUAUUGAGGUUUAGGAGGCAAAGUGCAGUAAGUGCUAAUGUGAGUCAUGUGGUGAUAGCAUUUCCUUAAAGUUCAUCUUGUGACCGAUGCCUGUGGCGAUUGGAACGUAAAAUAGAAGGAUUGGAAAAAAGGCCUGUCUGAAUGUUUCUAGACAUCUUUGGAUGCUCAAAGAAUGCACUGUAUCUUGAAUCUUGUAGAAGGUUAAGGCUUGAGGCCAUUUAUUCUUCCAUUCGUCCCGACGGUUCUGCUGCAGCUUUAGGCGCUAACUUUUGGACAGAGAUGUUAAAACUAAAAUGAAGACUCAAGUGUAGGGGCCUUAAAGAGGGAACUACUGCUUCGUUAUCCCCAAUUGAGAAAGUCUGGUGUUCACUGACAGGAGGUCGUUGGUGAAGGAGUCUGGGUAAUGCAAGGCGGUCAGUAAACAUUGAAUACUCUUCCACCACCUUGUGGCUGAGCACAAGUACCGCAGGUAAAUUCUCAAUGUCUGAACAAUCCAUCACACAAAAGCCAUGUAGACGCAUCAAACAGUAACACAUUUAUUUAUUAAAUCAUUUAUGAUAUAGGGAAGAUUUUUAAUACAUUUUUACAAUAAUUGCAAUAAACAAAGGGGAAAAAUCUCAAUUGCACUGGAAAAGAAAUGUCAGAUUUUUGGUUGCAUUUUUAAACCAGGGAGGUUUUUUUAAUUUGGAGAAUGAGAAUAGUGACACAAGCGAAGCAGGAUUCUAUUUUUGUCUACAGCUCACAUAAAGAUCGCAAAACAGCAUUUGUUAGGUUAUUAUAAAGAGUUUUAAUUGACCCUGUACUGCACUGUGCUUAAUUUCUGCUGCACUAAAACAUGAAUAGAUUUCAAUUUGUCAAGCUCACGCGGAGUUGUGUUAAAGAAUGCUGAGGAUAAAAAAAACUGAAGAAAAAUAAAUCAAGAACUGGGCAGAAUAUUGCAGGCGAAAAUUUUAAUAUUACAAUCCAUUUUUUUCAAAAAAUAAAAUAGUAAUCACAAAACAUUUUAUUAAAAAAUUAUUUCUUUAACUUAGCUGCACAAUAAAUUUGAUUUAUUGAGCUUUGCUCCAAAAGAAAUUAUAGGCCCAACAGUUUCAUUCAUUGUUUUAUAUUGCAGACUGUCAUGACAUUUAAACAAAGCCAGGAUUUGAGUGCUUAUUUACCCCAGAGUCAUAUUUAUGGUCACUUACAGAGUAACAAAAACUCUUUUGAGAUUUUGAGAAUGAAGUCUGAAAUUAAGGUUACGUGUCAUCAUGGUGGGGGAUUAUCAGACGAUCAACCAGUCACCUGUGUAAAAAUGAGGAAUGUGGAGCAUCUUGUCAAUGUACUUUAAUGUUU